CUAGUGUCUUACCGGCCGCUAGCACAAAAAAUAUAACAGAGCCAAAAGGCGCUUUUAGCCAUCUUGCCAGGCCCGGGCGUGGACUGUGUUAAGGACAGACCUUUAGAAUACAAGCAACCAGCAGCACAGCAAAAAAAUCGCGCGAGAAAAGACGCUCCCGCCGCUGCAGGCGACGUAAAAAAGUGCUGCGUAAAAAGCCGACCCCGCGGCGGUCCACGGCUAGGCGGCCUUCUCUAAGCAAAGCAAGCAAAAACAGCAGCAAACAAAACAGCAAAAACAACAAAUGGCGGAGGCACAAAAACUCCACGCCGACGUCGACCCGAUCUACUUCUCGCCGAAUUUCAAGCCCAUGGUCAAGCUCGUCGAGAUCUUGUCGGCCGAGGCGCGCCGCGCCAAGCACACGACGGAAGACGACAGCGACGACGACACGCUGCGGACGGGCGUGCGCGUCCACGCGUUGGAGGGCGCCGUGGCGACGCUCGCCGAUUUGGGCCCCGCGGCGACCGUGCGCGACCUGCGCCGCGCCGUCGCGCGCGCCGUCGGCGUGGCCGCGGCGGACCAGCGGCUCUACGCGUCGGCGGCGGGCCGCCUCGAGCUGGUCAAGGACGACGACGCGACGCUGCUGGACGCGGGCGUCUGGCUGCCGGACGAACCCCGCGGCGCGGUGCACCUGCGGAGCGCCGCGUACGAGCGGCUCCAGCGGCAGCUCGCGACGGCGACGGGCGCCGUCGAGCAGCUGCUCGAGCAGCGCUACGGCCCCUUCCACGCGUCCGUCAGCAGCGUGCGCACGACCGCGGCGCAGUACCAAACGUUACGUAAACUCGCCGCCGACGCGAAGACGUCCGUCGACGCCUGCCGGGCGCAGCUCGGCCUCCGGCGGCCCGUGGAGAUCGACGGCCUCGCGGACCGCGCGGAGGCGGAGCCCGCCGGCGCGCGCGUCCUCGAGCACUGGGAGGCCCAGGUCGAGGCCGAGGAGGCGCUCCGGCUGCUGGCCGAGCUGAGACCUCAUGCUCGGUGAAUCUGUA